AUGUUUCAAAAGUUCGAAAAUUAUUUUUUCCAAGGUAUUGAAACUUCACUUAAAAGACCUUCUCAAGCGAAAACAAAUUCGGACUUUAGAGAAUGGAUGAGACCAAGACAGCAUGUAGCGACAACAUUCGCAUUAUUAUCAAUAUUUCAUAUAGAAAUUUUGGGGAUAAUUACAUCGAAUUUCUUACACUCAGAUGCACUUAAUGCUCCGAUUAACAAGAAUGCAAAGAAAUGCUUAUCUAUAAUUGGAUUAAUUAUGGUUUUACUUGAAGACGUGUCUCAAUUUGUUAUUCUCGUAAGCUAA